ACAAUAGACUUUCUGGAAAACGGAAUAAAAAACAGCUGAAGUUUUUUCAGUUUCCAUAUACUUUUAAAUUCAUUUUCGGUCCAAAUAAAAAAAAAUUGACUAUUUGAUUUUAAAAAUUUUUGGUCUAAAUUCAAGAUGCAAUCUUUAAAAAGGAGCUUCGGUCAGCUACAACGCAUAGUUAAUGCGUCUCCUUAUCAACAGUGCCCGGGGCAGGUUCUUGCAGCUGUCGGCAAUACAAACUUGAUAACAUCGAAGCGUUAUUUGGACACUUUGUACGGUGCAGAGUCUUGCGAGGAUUGUGUACAAGCCUACUAUAUUCCGCCAGCCCGCAAAGGCCUGAAGAAAUUGAAGAAGCCUGAUCCAUUCAAAAACAAGGAUCCAUGCUGGCAAUCUCUACGUCGAACAGAGUACAAAUGCCGCACCGAUCCAGAAUUUAUGCUAGAUGCCUUUAUCGAUUGGAAAACGAGAUGCCUUAAGGAUCCUUGUUCAUUUGAUGUGCCCCGUGCUGAUCUGAUACAUUACAAGCCAACCGAUAAGCUAAGGCGCAAAUAUCGGCGCACCUGGUGUAAGUUCGUAUUGAAGCGGCAAGCAAUUAAAAUGAAGUGCAUGCACAAGCCAGUAACAUUUAAGCGUCGCAAGCCAAGGCGUUUCACAGUUGUGAAAUCAUCCUGUCAGCGAAAGGAAGUUGACCCAUGCGCUCCAAAACUGAACCUUCGCACAUGCAAGCCAAUGAAAAAGACGCUUUGUCCACGUCUUACAAUGCCCCAUUGUAAGCCAAGCGUUGUCCCGCCCUCUUGCAAGAGAGGUGGCAGGAAACGUAGCAAAUGUCGCAAGCGUCUAACCAAAUAUCCGGCAUUCUCCGAGUGUCUCAUAGAUCCUUUGCCGUCGGCGCCACGAGUCGAGUGCAACUGCCUCCUGACUCCAUCUAUGUGCAGUGUUUGGGAAUACUACCGAAACAAGAAAUCAUAAGCGAAUAAUCCAACCAGUCGACUGCCGAUAAAAUCCAUUAAUAAAUCAUAACAAAGCUGCAUUCAACUAUUACAAUAAUUAUCCACAAUUCACAAUUUGAAAAUAUUAAAAUCUAGGCUCGCUGAACAUUG